CUCACUGUAGUCGUAUCUGUUAUUUAGCCUUCAAACUGACUUUUUAGCGCAGAGCAGCAUUGCUAUGCUAAUUGCAGACGUGAUAAGCUCUGGAACACUGUAAGUGCAUGUAUAACCCUAAUUUAUAAGAAUUAUUUCAACGUUAUUCUAGACAAUAAUGAUGAUCAGACCUAAAGAUUUGUGCCAAAGUUCGGGCACCAAGACUUUCUUGGAAGCGAUGCAAAAUGGUAAAGUGCACCUGGCGCGCUUUGUCCUGGAUGCCUUGGAUUGCAGGAUUCUCAACUCCAGGACUGAGCAAGGCAAAACUCCUCUGAUGUUUGCUGUCACUCUCUCCGACCCUGGCCUAGGAAUGAAGUUCACAAGGCUACUUCUGGAAAAAGGUGCAGAUGUGAAUGGACAAGAUGAACAUGGACGCACCGCCCUAAGCUACGCCUGCGAACUGGGCUACCUAGAGAUAACAAAGCUACUUGUCCAGUUUGGUGCUGAUCCUGAAGUACCGGACAUAUGGGGCAACAGCCCUCUUAUGUACGCUGCCUCCUCUGGUCACAAGGAGGUCUUAGAAUUCCUCAUCAAGGCAUUCAAAAGACUGGGGCUUAAGCUGGAUAGUAUUAACCAAGCAGGACAUUCUGCAGAGCAGAUCGCCAACUUUUUUGGUCACAGCCAUUGUGUAGAGACAUUGAAUACGUUCAGCAAGAAGCGGGCUGAUUUGGCAGGGUACAGUCCAGAAAUGGGAGGAUCCAGAGAAAGCAGGACAGGUACCUGGAAAGCGCAAAGGAGACCAAAUCGUUUGCCCCUGCAGGUCCUGGAGCGUUUCAGCAAGCCUUUCCACAGCUCAGGAAAGAGCGCAGAAGAGCACCUCACCAGCUUGUUUAAUAGGCAGGCAAGGUUGCAUGGACAACAAGACAGGGACAACCAGAAGUGGCAGGAUAAUGAACAAGGUGUCAGACCGGAACAUGGGAAUGGACUUUUCUACUUGGAACACCAGCCAAGACCCCUGGGCACCUGGGCACUGAGUAAAUCGGUGAACCAGCUAGCAUUUGAGGAGAAACUGGAUACGAAAGACGGUGCGGUCAUUCCGUGUAGGGGUAGUACCUUCACAGCUAGCACUCCUUCUCCUAGGUGUAGAGAAAGACAGACAGCUUUCUCCCGCAACAAGUGUCUUUCUCUCACAGACGACCUCGAGGUUCCCCCAGACUCCCUGAUUGCUUCCAAAGGAUCCCUCAUUAGAAGGCGCUUCCUGGCACCAAACUCCCCUUCUGGCACUUGUUCUUCUCGCCUUACAUCCAGCCCCCAAGAGGCGGUCCAGCUGUGUUUGCCUGCGGCUGAGAAGGAGAGGGAUGAGCUCCAACAGUCUUUUGAGGUAAUACUGAAUGUCGGGUUGGGGCAGAGGCAACGGGGCAACCAGUGGUAGUCAUCUGUGUGAUACCGGGUGACAAGUAUGGACUUUGCGGAGUGCCACUGGCUUCACAGUUAAAUUUUUAAGAGGACUGAAUAGAAGCUUGGAGAAAUGCAGUCUAGUGGAGUUUCCAAUUUCUGUCAUCGCCAUCUGCAGGUCACAGCUGGAAUCACAACCGAUAACAAAAAAAAAUAUGUUUAGAAAGCAAAACAAAGACCUCCAAAGUGUUUAACUGUUGCAAGGUAUAUUUGGACAUCAGUAGCUGAUUUUUUUUCUUGAUGGCCUCAUACCAUAGUGAUGACGUCUUGUGCAUUCCAAAACAUUACAAGUAAACCUACAACCAACCAAAACCUUCAGAGAUGCACUGUUAAUCAAGAAGGAAUUGCAGUUUAAAACAAAUCAUUUAAUUGUGUGCAAAGAAAAACUUUGGAAUUUAUAUGUAAAAUAAAUUAUCAUUAUAGACUCAAACAAAUUGCAGAGUAGUUGUAAUGCUUACUGAUAUAUAGCCUUAUCAAAUAUUGUAAAGCACCUAUUACUAACUAGUUAGAGCCAUUGGCUUGUUUGCUUGUUCCAGCAUCAACACUAAUAAAAGAACAGUUUGAAAAGGAAAA